UUUUGACAGUCGUUAGACUAUAGUCUCCUGAGGUGAAGCGAAAUUCAGACAUCGUCAAUUCAAAGCAGUGGAGAAGACCGGGGGAGCGACUUGGCGGAAGGGAGAAGCUUUACGACGAAGCGGAGAGAGAACUUGAAUUCAGUAAAAUGGAGAAAGAACGACAUCAUUCGUCGCGGUACAGGAAGCGAGAGUAUACGGAGACGGUGGACGACGGCGCAAACGCUGCAACGAUAGGCGGCGUGUUGGAGACGGCGAAAGCGGAUAGAGCGGUGUGGCUGAUGAAGUGCCCGUUGGUGGUGGCGAAGUCAUGGCAAGCUCACGCCGCUGCUUCCGAUUCGCAGCCGGUGGCGAAAGUCGUCGUCUCUCUCGAUCCUCUUCAGCCCGACGAGCCUCCUCAGUUCAAGAUGGAGAUGGCCGAGAGUGAGAAUGAGAACAUACCAAAGAGCUACUCUUUGAAUAUGACUAAAGACUUUGUCCCUAUGUGUAUAUUUUCUGAGCCAAAUACAGGAGGGAAGGCUGCUGUUGAAGGCAAAGUGGAUCAUAAAUUUGACCUGAAGCCACAUAAUGAAAACAUUGAAGAGUAUGGCCGGUUAUGUCGUGAGAGGACAAAUAAAUCAAUGAUCAGGACUAGGCAAGUACAGGUGAUAGAUGAUAACCGCGGAAUGCAUAUGAGACCUAUGCCUGGAAUGGUGGGCUUGAUGUCAUCGAACUCCAAGGAGAAAAAGAAGCCUCAACCGGUGAAGCAAACUGAGGUGAAGAGAACCAGGAGGGACCGUGGUGAACUAGAGGAUAUAAUGUUCAAACUAUUUGAGAAACAACCUAACUGGGCCCUGAAGCAGCUUGUACAAGAGACAGAUCAACCCGCACAAUUUUUGAAAGAGAUCCUUAAUGAGCUCUGCGUAUACAACAAAAGAGGUUCGAAUCAAGGGACCUACGAGCUUAAGCCCGAAUACAAGAAAACUGCUGUUCCCGAGCCAGGUGCUGAGUAACCACCUGUGCAGGUAUGCUGCGAAAUACCUUUUCACAGCUGCAAAUGUGGAAAAGGCCACCUUCAGAGUGUAAGGUAGGGGUAACAAUUAUUACACAACCCCUUAUCAGAAGGAUAUUGUUGCUUACCAGACAUCAAUACUCUUAACAUACAACACAAGCACCAUCCCAGCCUGUGAUUGUUGUAUUUUCGCCAUUUUCUUCGGUUCCAGUUCUUGAUUGUGGCCAUGAAAAUGAAGUAUACCAUAUGCUGUUGUAAAUUGUAAUUACCUUUCGCGCCCUUCGAUCGAUUUCAGCUUCCUCAAAAGAGUUGGUUUACUGUCUAAUACUGGUAGCUAGUAGUGUAAAUACUAAAUAGUCUUCCGGUGCUGUCUGGGGAUUAAGAUUUUUGUUACGUCCAGGCUACCCUAUGCCAUCUGGCUUUUUGACAUCUAUGGUUCCGUUAUCUCAAUUAUCAUCAUUGCACCAGUCAAUCAAAGUUGGUAGUGGC